AGUCUCUUCAGAAAGGCUCAGUCCCCUGUUUGAGUCAGAUCUAGGGACCAUGCCGUUCCAGGUUCAAGGAUAAAACCCAUCAGGCCCAAGUGCCAUCAUAUUCCACCUUCAGUGCCUUCCUCCACAAUUGGGAUUCACCCCUGCUGAAAAGUGCAGCCUGACUGACAGCGAGGGAACAAAACCACUAUGCUGUCACACAGCGCCAUGGUGAAGCAAAGGAAGCAGCAAGCCUCAGCCAUCGCAAAGGAAAUCCAUGGACAUGAUGUUGAUGGCGGCAUGGACCUGGGCAAAAAAGUUAGCAUCCCCCGAGACAUCAUGAUCGAAGAAUUGUCCCAUUUCAGUAAUCGCGGUGCCAGGCUGUUUAAGAUGCGUCAAAGGAGAUCUGACAAAUACACCUUUGAAAAUUUCCAGUAUGAGUCUAAAGCCCAAAUAAAUCACAAAAUCGCCAUGCAGAAUGGGAGGAUUGAUGGAAGCAACCUGGAAGGUGGCUCACAGCAAGGCCCCUCAACUCCCCCCAACACCCCAGACCCACGAAGCCCCCCAAAUCCAGAGAACAUUGCACCAGGAUAUUCUGGGCCACUGAAGGAAAUUCCUCCUGAAAGAUUUAACACGACGGCCGUCCCUAAGUACUACCAGUCUCCGUGGGAGCAGGCCAUCGGCAACGAUCCGGAGCUCCUGGAGGCUUUGUACCCGAAACUCUUCAAGCCCGAAGGAAAGGCAGAACUGCCCGAUUACAGGAGCUUUAACAGGGUUGCCACUCCCUUUGGAGGUUUUGAAAAAGCAUCAAAAAUGGUUAAAUUCAAAGUUCCAGAUUUUGAACUACUGCUGCUAACAGAUCCCAGGUUCCUGGCCUUUGCCAAUCCUCUUUCAGGGAGGCGAUGCUUUAAUAGGACACCAAAGGGAUGGAUAUCUGAGAAUAUUCCUGUCGUGAUAACAACUGAGCCUACAGAAGACGCCACCGUACCAGAGUCAGAUGACCUGUGAAAGGGAAGUUGGGUAUGACACAGGAAGUUCUUCAUAUAAAAGCUGCUGUUGGUCUACUUAGCGCAAAGCCAUUGGAGUUCCUCAUUACUAUAGUCACUCAAUAGCAGUUAAGUACAUUUCCUUUUACGGCAUUUAAUUUGAACUGAACAAUUAAAUUCUUAUUUUAAAAACUUUUAA